CAUCCUGACGUUAUAAACAUAAAAUUAUAAUAUAUGUGAUAUUGUAUUAAACACAUUAUUUUAUAUGAUUUGAAGAAGUGAAACAAAAUGGAGCAUUUAGAAGGACAUGUAACAUCUAUGUGUCCAUUGCCAUUCAGUGGCAUAACUGGAGAAAUCUUCUUAAAAGCUGUGUCAACAGUUGUUGCUGUACAUUGCACGAUAUUAGAUGACUUCAAUUGGCCACCCGACAACUCUCAAGAAAUCCUUGAAGAAGGUUCGGGCAUAUCAUUUGAUUUUAUAAUAGUCGGUGCAGGGACAGCAGGUUCUUUGCUUGCAAGUCGCUUAUCAAAUACUUAUCCAUCAUGGAAAAUAUUACUGAUAGAAGCUGGUGACGACCCUGGCAUUGAUACUGAAAUACCGGCAUUUUUAUUUUUAAACCAAAAUUCAAGCAGCGACUGGUCUUACAAAACGCAUCCAGAUGGCAAUAGCUGUUUAGGUUUUAAAGACAACAGUUGCAUAUGGAGCAAGGGUAAAGGGCUUGGUGGAUCAAGUUCAAUAAAUGCUAUGAUUUAUCUUCGUGGCCAUCCUAAGGAUUAUUCAGAAUGGUACAAUUUAGGUAAUCCUGGUUGGGAUUAUGAAAACCUCGUAACUUAUUUCAAUAAACAGGAGGCACUGUUCAACAUCACAGAUCCAGACUUUAAAGGCUAUGAUAAUGAAUGGUACAAAAUUCUCGACAACGCAUGGAGUGAAUUAAACUUCACUUCAUACAACUAUACAAGUCAUGAGGCUUUUGUUGGAACUAAAAAGGCACGAUUAUUGACUCAAAAUGGAAAACGUAUUAAUACUGCAAAACCAUACUUCAAAGAUGCCGAUAAAUUAUUUGUCAUGAAAAAUACAGCCGUUGAAAAGGUAAUCAUAGACCCUAAAGAUAAACAAGCGUGUGGUGUAGUGAUUAAGCACAAAAGCGGCCAGGUAAUGAACAUUAUGGCAAAUAAGGAAGUUAUCUUAUCGGCUGGUUCGAUAGCAACCCCACAAAUACUUAUGAUGUCCGGAAUUGGUCCAAAAACUCAUCUUGAUGAAAUUGGUAUUGACUGUCAUCAAAAUUUAAAAGUAGGACAAAAUUUACAAGAUCACGUCCUACUUCCACUGUUUUUGAAAACUAAUAUGAACAUGACCACAUCAACAGAUGUUAUAAAUAUACUUCUACUUCAGUACAUGCUGACUCGAACUGGUCCGUUUUCUAAUAUCGGUUUAACUGACUAUAUGGGUUUUAUUGAUACAGAAAGAAAUUCCGAUUAUCCUGAUAUUCAAUUUCACUAUUUCUAUUUUACUAAAAAUGAUAAUUUUGUUUUAAAACCUUACCUCGAGGGGCUGGGAUAUAAAAGUGACAUUGUCAAAGCAAUAGAAGAUUUGAAUAAGGAACACGAUUUUUUGGGUAUUUACCCGACACUUCUGCGUCCGAAAUCUAUGGGUGAGAUACUCCUGCCAAAAAGUCCUUUAACUACGCCUAUUAUAAAGGCUAAUUAUUUUCAACAUCCUGACGAUGUUCUUACAUUAUUAAGAGCUAUUGAUUUCGUCCACAAACUUGAGAAAACGUCCAUUUUUAAGGAAAUGGGAAUUGAAUUGCUGAACAUUAGUAUCUGCAAAUGUAAUGAGCAUUCAUUUAAUACGGAUAGCUAUUGGCAGUGUUAUAUUAGACAUAUGGCGACUACCAUUUACCAUCCUGUUGGUACCGCUAGAAUGGGUCCGCGAAACGACGUCAAUGCUGUUGUAAAUCACGAUUUACUUGUUCACGAAAUUUCGAAUCUUAGAGUUGUUGAUGCUAGUAUUAUGCCUACUAUACCAGGAGGUAACACUAUGGCUGCGACAUUAGCGAUAGCUCGGAAAGCUGUUGAUAUCAUAAAAAAGCAAUAUAAUAACAAAGAUGAACUAUAACUGUUAAAAUUUCAAUUUUUAUUAAUGAAUUAAUUAUGAUUGCAAUUUAUAGUAAUUCAAGCGGAAAUUUCCUAUAAAAAUACACAAUUUUUAUGGAAAAUGUUAAAAAUAUUUAAGCAUUAUAUAAAACUAUAUUAUUUUCUGUAUAACGUAGUAUAUGCAUAAAACGAGUGAAUAAAUAAAUGACACUAAAAAUACUGUAAUAACGAGAAUAAUAAUAUUCGUAGUUUAAAGAUCGAUGGAGUAAAAGAUCAAAAAUGUCGUAUGUGUAUAGGUUAGAGGCCCGAUGUAUCUGACACUUGAGUUAUGCAUAAUUUUACAUUUUUAAAAACUAAUAUUAAGACAAAUUGCAUAAUAGAAGUAAAACAAUACAGAAAUAUUACACUUUUACUUAAUGUGUAUAUUUCUACAUCCAGUUCAAAUCUUGGACACUAUGCUGCUUUGCCAAGGAUAUCCAGAUAUAAUACGUUUUCUAAACAGCAUGCUGAUUUAUACAUAUCAUCAUCAUCAUCAACCCUUCGUCGUCCACUAAUGGAUAUAGGCCUCUCCAAUGGCAAGCCACUGAGCUCGAUCUGCAGCUCUCAGUCUCCAGUCGUUGCCAGCCACUUUGCGUGCCCCCUAGCCGGAGGACGUCCUACGCUAGGUAUAUAGAAAAUAUAUAUACCUGAUAAUUAUUUAAGUUUAAAAUAUAUCUCAAACAAUUGUUUUUCGAUACAUAAUGUUUUUUUUUUAAAGAUUUUUACUCUUUAAUAUUUUCGUUAUUUUAAUUUUUAUUACUAUUUACAUAAAUUUUAUACUUUGUUUUGUGAUAUGUACUUAACUCACAUUUUCACAACAUAGUCUUAAUAACCUUUUUGUAGUUCCCAUAUUAAUUUAUUGAGUAUGUCACAUUUCUCUUUAUAAUUUUAUUAAAAUCUCUUUAGUCAUUAUUUUAUGUGCUUGAUGUGGUCUCCUAUAAAUUAAAGGAGCACACAUAUUUAAAAAAAUAUCCCACGAUGUAAUGUACUUGUAGGUGUGUAUCCUUUGUUGGAGAUCCUUAAUAAAUAAAUGUGUAAAUAAACAAAAGAGUAGUUAAAUGAA